UCCAGGUCGGGUCCAAAAAAUCAUGGACCCAACGGACUCUAACUCAUAGCCACCCCCACACCCCACACACACACUCUACACCCACAUCCACCUACACCAACACCCUUCUAACACUUUCGAGACAAGUUUAUGUGAAAUAUGGUCGGUAUCUUUGUUAACUUUCUUUAAGAUUACAUCAACAAAGUUAACAUUUAUCAAAGAAUUGGGUGUGGGUGUGGGUGUAGGUGUGGGUGUGGGUGUGAGUGUGGGUGUGGGUGUGGGAGUAGGUGUGUAGGUGUGUAGGUGUGGGUGUGGGUAUCUACAAAAAGGAAGUGACACCCACACGCACACCCACACCCUCAAGUAGGAAAAAAAUAAAAUCUUUUUUUUGAUUUACUUUUUAAAUUAAUAUUUUAAUAAAUAAAUUAGGUUCAAAUUGAGGUACGAGGUUCACCUAUAUUUUUAAUGAAAUAUGCUGAUAGUUGUCGACAUUUAGAAGUACAAAUUCUUGCUGAUCAAAAUGGACAAGCUAUAUCAUUAUUUGGUCGUGAUUGUUCAAUACAAAGACGUCAUCAAAAAAUUAUUGAAGACGCACCAGCUGUUAUAGCAUCACCUGAAAUUCUUGAAAAAAUGGAAAAAGCAGCUGUACGUUUAGCAAAAAUGGUUGGUUAUGUUAGUGCUGGUACAGUUGAAUAUUUAUAUAAUCCAAAUGAUCAAACAUUCUUCUUUCUUGAACUUAAUUCUCGAUUACAAGUUGAACAUCCUUGUACAGAAAUGAUUACUGAUGUUAAUUUACCUGCAUGUCAAUUACAGGUACAGAUUUAA